AUGUCGCUGAUUCAAUUAGCUUGUAAAAAAAGUAGUUCAGAGAUUGUAAAACUACUUAUAGACUAUGGUGCUGAUGUUAACUAUGUUGAUCCAUCACUACAAGAACGUUAUACAUGUUUACACAUGGCUGUUGAAAGCCAAGAUAAAUGCAAAAUUCAACUACUUGUGAAUGAAGGAAGUUUCAUUAAUGCUACUGCCGAAAAUAAUAUAACACCACUUCAUAUAGCAGCAAAAAAAAGAUAUAACAAUUUAUAUCCUCAUGAUAAGAACAAUUUGUUAAAAAUUCUUCUUGAAAAUGGAGCAGACGUAAAUGCACAAACUAACGAUAAGAAGACAGCUCUUUAUUUUGCUGCACAGGCAGGACACUUGAGUGCUGUCCAAACAAUUUUAGAGCAUCAUCCCGACAAAAAUAUUGAAAGCGAUUCAUCUUCUGUUGGUGUUGCAAUUUCCUGUGAUCAUACUAAUGAAAUGAAAGCAUCUUAUUUUACGUCACAAGCACAACACAUGGAUAUGUUAAAUGAUUAUGGACUUUCUAAACUUGUCAAAAAUAUUAGAAGCAACAUAAAUUCUCAUUAUGCUAAUAUGUCUUGCGAUCAUUCAAUAAUUGUUAAUCUUCUUAUUGAUUAUGGAUUAACAUUAGAACCUCAACAUAAAUAUUAUAAAAUGUUCAUUUUUGCUGCUGCAUCGAUUGGACAUCUCAAAAUAAUCGAAAACUUUUUAACAUCUGACAGCUGUGAUGUUAAUUUAUCAGUAGAUCCUUCAUCGAAAAAUUCAACUAGAAUUUUGCACACAUCAAUUAUAAAUAAUCAUACUGAUAUAUCAGUAUUGCUUAUUAAACAUGGUGCUGAUGUUAAUGUUAAAGAUAAAAAUAAUAAAAGUCCUGUAUAUUAUGCAGUUACAAAUAAUAAUACAGAAAUUACAAAAAAACUUGUAGCUUAUCAUGCUGAGGUUCAAUCUAUUUUUCUUAAUUGUGCUAUUCGCAAUGAUAAUCUAGAAAUUAUUAAAAUUCUUGUAAGAUGUGGAGUUGAUAUCAAUACAAUUUUUGAUAUACCAGUUUCAUUGUCUAGAAAUCGAAAAUUAACACCACUUUUAAUUGCUAUGGAAAAAAAAAACGAUUCUGUAAUCCAAUAUCUUGUAGAACACGGUGCGAACGUAAAUUUUUUUGAUGCACCUGAUGGAGUUCCACCACUCCACUAUGCUGUGGAAAAUAAAAACGAAAAAAUUGUAAAUAUGCUUUUAAAUGCAGGCGCUAAUAUUAAUCUUAAAUAUGGUAAAGAUAAUAGAACUGUGCUUUGUUCAGCAGCUCAAACCAUAGGAGAUAUUGAAAUGAUUAAAUUACUAUUGGAGAAAGGUGCUAAUGUAAAUUGCCAAGAUAAAUCUGGGAUGACACCACUCCACCAUAUCAUCAGUCAAAAAAGAUUUGACUUUCAAAUGACUUUCGAAAUAAUUGAACUGUUAUUAAAAUAUAAUGCUGAUAUAAAUUGCAAAAGUAAAUCUGUAAAUGCAGUUACAAAUAAUAAUACAGAAGCUACAAAAAAACUUGUACCUUAUCAUGCUGAGGUUCAACCUAUUCUUCUUAAUUGUGCUAUUCACAAUGAUAAUCUAGAUAUUAUUAAAAUUCUUGUAAGAUGUGGAGUUGAUGUCAAUACAAUUUUUGAUAGACCAGUUUCAUUGUCAUACUUAACACCAUUUUCAUUGCCUAGAAAUAAAAAAUUAACACCACUUUUAAUGGCUAUGGAAAAAACGAAUGAUUCUGUAAUCCAAUAUCUUGUAGAACACGGUGCGAACGUAAAUUUUUUUGAUGCACCUGAUGGAGUUCCACCACUCCACUAUGCUGUGGAAAAUAAAAACGAAAAAAUUGUAAAUAUGCUUUUAAAUGCAGGUGCUAAUAUUAAUCUUAAAUAUGGUAAAGAUAAUAGAACUGUGCUUUGUUCAGCAGCUCAAACCAUAGGAGAUAUUGAAAUGAUUAAAUUACUAUUGGAAAAAGGUGCUAAUGUAAAUUGCCAAGAUAAAUCUGGGAUGACACCUUUAAUUCAUUAUGCAACUAUCAACACAGAAUAUGACAAAAAAGAUGAUACUCGAAUUAUUGAGCUACUACUGAAGUUUGGGGCAAAUAUUGACUAUACUGAUCAACUUGGUAACACUGCACUUGGCUAUGCCAUGUAUAAAAGAAAUGAAAAAAGUUUUCGUACUCUUCUUGACAAUGGUGCAGACAUUAAUAUCAUGAUGAAGCCAAAUGAAGAAGGGAAGUAUGAAGGUCUAUAUGAGAUUGCUACAAGUUUUUAUGAGAAAGACGGAGAUCUACCCAGUUCUGGAUUUAAUUUAAUAGAAUUUAACAAGACUCGGAGACCUGACGAGAUAAUUAUUGAGAUGCUCAGAGAGCAUAUUAUUCAAUUAAAACAAGCAAAAUGCUGGAUCAAUGAAGGAAAUUUACGAGCUAUCAAUAGCAGCGAAGAUUCUUCAAAAUCAAGUGACAUGUUAGACUUAUGUAAUAAAGAAAUUAGCAAUAUGAAAAUUGAAAAAAUUGGUGAUAGUUGUGUUACUUUUCAUGACGUUUUGAUAAAUGAUUUCAAUAAAUUUGAAAAAAACAAAUAUGUCAUAGAAAUCUUAGAACUAGAACAAUACAAAAAAUCAUAUCCUAUUUAUGGAAAAAUAAUAACUGGUAAUUACAGGAAGGCAAAAUUCAAAAUAACUAUGAAAAGAGAUUUUAUUGAUUCAUUUUAUUGUCAAUGUCAUAGAUUUAAUAAGUUGCCAUAUAUUUGUGUUGAAAAAAUAUGCAAUUAUUUGACUCUAGAAGAUAUGAAUAAAGUAAUAAACUUAAUUUUUUGA